AUGGAGAAGCCUAGCACCGACCUUGUCGAGCAUGCAGGUGCAAAGACAGAGGAACAGCAGCUCAGUCACAUUGCCAACCAAGAUGAUCGCGAGUUAGGCAAGUGGCAAAGUAUGAAGAAAUACCCAUGGAUCUUUGCAUGGUGCGUCUAUGCCGUCUGGUGUGUCCUCCUCGUGAGCUUUGAAAACCAAGCUUCGGGCAAUGUGACUGGUAUUCCCCAAUUCCGCGAAGACUUUGGACACUUUUACGACGGCAACUGGGUGCUCGAGGCGAAAUGGCAAUCUGCCUUUAGUGGCGGACCUGUCGCAUCGGCCGUCGUGGGUGCACUGUGUUCCGGUCAGAUCGCCGAUACCAUUGGGCGGAAAAUGACCAUGGGCAUCUCCCUGCUCAUCACCGUUGCUGCGGUCACAUUGGAGUUUGUUUCGACGACGAAUGAAAUGUUCUUUGGUGGAAAGUUCCUCAAUGGCUUCGCCCUCGGCGCCUUGGCUUCUGUCCCGAUCACAUACGUGGGAGAGAUCUCUCCUCUUGCCCUCCGUGGAACCCUCACCUGCCUGACUGCACUCGCCUAUUGUAUCGGCCCUUUGGUCGUCGCCCUCAUUACCAACACGACGGGAACAUACACAAACCGCUGGGCCUACCGCGCCGUCUUCGUAGCACAAUAUGGCUAUGCCGGAGUUGCACUUGCAUUCAUUGCAUUCAUGCCCGAAUCCCCUUGGUGGCUGAUGUCCAAGAACCGGGAUGAAAAGGCCCUAGAGAGUCUCCGCAAACUAGGAUACAAUGAAGAAGAGCGAGUCAAGAAGUUGGCUUUGAUUAAGGUUACUCUCGAUGAAAUUCGACAGGAAACCGAGGGCGUCACCUACUUGGAAUGUUUCCGUCGGUCCAAUCUUCGUCGCACGGUCAUUUCCAUUGUUCCGCUGAGCAUUCAGGCAUUAUCGGGUGUCGCGUUUAUGGCCGGGUAUUCGACUUACUAUAUCCAACUCGCUGGAUACAGUACGGAGAUGAGCUUCCGGUUGCAAAUUGCGCAGCAGGUUCUGUCGCUCGUGGGAAAUGUCACGUCGUAUUUUCUAAUCGAUCGAUUGGGUCGUCGGAAUCUGAUGAUCUACGGACUAGGCGUGCUCACUAUCAUUCUCAUGCUGACUGGUGGUCUGGCAGUCCUUGGAUCUGACACCUCAAACCCGAGCUCUGGCGGUGCAAUCAAGGGUACUGUUGCUUUGAUCCUUGUCUAUUGUUGGUGGUACAAUACGACCAUCGGAUCGGCGGGAUAUACUAUUUUGGCUGAGGUGUCGACGUCUAGGCUGCGAAUCAAGACCAUUGCUAUUGGCUUGGCUUUGCAGAACGCACUUUAUACCAUGUGGUCUUUCGUUUUGCCCUAUUUGUUCAAUCCUGAUCAGGCGAACCUCGGCGCGAAGGUGUCAUUCAUCUUUGGCGGUUUGGCUACACUGUCUCUGGUGUAUCUGUGGUUCUAUCAGCCAGAGACUGCUGCCAGAACGUAUGCCGAGCUCGAUGAGAUGUUUAUCAAGAAGGUUCCAGCCAGGAAAUUUAAGAGGUACCAGACUGAUGCCCAGGCCAUGGGUCUUGCCAUGAAGCAGGAGGGAAGUGUUUAG